CAAAGUUAUCUCUCUCCUCCUUUGAUGAAUCUUUGAUAGUACCCAUGGUUAAAGCAACUAGGUCAUCCUCAAAUUAUCAAAAACAAUUUCGAGAGACAACAAAAAAGGUUAGUAGAAGAAUCUUGAAGACCAGGAUUAAACAAUCAGCAAAUGAAAUCCAUGCAAAGCAAGAAAAAUCAAUUAAAGAGAAAGUUGAAAGACACUGGAGUAGUCUUGAGCCUUUGUUUUCAGAGGUUAAAUCAGUAAUAUCAGAAAGGGAGUGUUUGGGUAGUGAAGAGAAUAUCAAUAUUCUAUCUUCAAGAAUUCGAAGUCCAUUGUAUAAGCACUUAAGUUCCCCCAAGACUAUUGCAAAUGCAGAUAAGGUCAUCAGCAACCAGGACUUUUCAAUUGAAAAAAGCAUUAAGAUUCCAUACUUGGAAAAAAUACCCUCAUAUAUAUCUUGGAUAUAUGUGAAUAGAAAUGAGAAAAUGGCUGAAGAUCAAUCAGUUAUUGGCAAAGAACAAAUGUACUUUGAUAUAAAAAGAGGUGAAAUGGUUAUAUGCAGUGACAGUGAGGAAGAGAAUGUAAAACUUGAAGAUGUUAAACAUGACUUCACUGAGGCUGAGGACCAACUUCUGUGGAAGACACUGAAUGAAUAUGGAUCAAAUGAGAACGUGCUGAGUAUCAUCGAAGAGAUUGUCAAGACUACGGCUUCACAAAUCCAGGAGAGGUUUGAAAAACUCCAAGAAAUUAAAAUGAGUGCAAACAAGACUUCUGAAGAUUGUCAUUGUAGAGGAUGUGAAUCGGAUCUUGGGGCAUGUUUGGAGGAAAGCUUGAGUGAUACUUCAAAGUCUUUGGAUAAAUUCUUCUGUCGUCAAUGCUUGAUCUUUAAUUGUGCUCUGCAUGGCAUUUCUCAACCUUUAGUAUAUCCUGAAAAGCAACAACCUUGGUCUGAACCUGAAGGUGACAGACAACCAUGCAGCGAUCAAUGUGUUCUUCUGUUAAAAGAUGUCAGGCUUUCUUCAGGUGAAGGGUCUUCUAAAGCCAAAAGAGUUCAUCCAUCAGAAACAUUGCCUCCAAAAGAGUCUCUGAGUUCUUGUAAGAAGAUGAAGACAAUCUUGUAUGAUUCAGAUUUGGAUGUUGUGGGUGCAGGACAAAGCACAAUGCAUGAUCCAAAAUUAACAGUUUCUGGUAGUUCUAACCAUGGUGAACGAGACAAGGAGGUUGUGGAACUGCAUGCAAGUAACCUGGAUUGGAAACCUCUAGAGAGAGAUUUAUAUUUGAAGGGGGUAGAAGUGUUUGGAAAAGACAGUUGCCUUAUUACUCGAAACUUGCUUUCUGGGUUGAGGACUUGCUUGGAAGUAGCUAGUUACAUGAUUGCUGAGGAGGAGAAAAUGCUCCAUGGAUCCAUGCCACUUACAGAUGCAAAUAACAAUGAUCAGGAUAAUGCAGAGAGCACGGUGAGAAUUGCUAAUAGAGAUAUUUCCUAUGUUUGCACAUUGGCCAAUUUAUUUCCUAAAGACCUUUGGAUCAAACUCAUAAAGACAAUACUCUCACUCAUUCAUGUUAAACUACCUAAUGAUGAGCAAGAGACGCCAUCAAAAUCACAGUUGCAGCGAAAAAAGGGAAAAUAUUCUCGAAAAUGCAUUGGACUCUCACCUAGAUCGAGAAAAAAGUCUAAUGGGAAAAAACGAAGUACUACACAGUAUACUCCUUGUAGGUGUCACGGAAUCUGCACUAAAGAAUGCACUUGUCAUCGUGAUGGUACUCGUUGUGAAAAAUUUUGCGGAUGUUCAAGGUUUUGCACUAACAGGUUCAGAGGAUGUUACUGUGCCAAGGGUCAAUGCAGAAGUAACCUAUGUCCAUGUUUUGCAAUCAACCGUGAAUGUGACCCAGAUAUUUGUCGAAAUUGUUGGGCUAGAUGCAACGAUGGUUCACCAGGGGAGCUAGCCGUGGAUGGAGAUGGUCAAUGUGUAAAUAUGAAUCUUCUUUUAGGGAAAAAAGAGAGGAUUCUUUUGGCAAAGUCAAAUGUUGCAGGAUGGGGAGUUUUUGCAAAGAACCCAAUUAAUAAAGAUGCUUGUCUCGGAGAGUAUACGGGUGAACUAAUCACUCACAGAGAAGCGGAAAAACGUGGAAAACUAUAUAAUCGAAUAAAUCACUCAUUUCUUUUUGACCUGAAUGAUAAGUGGGUUAUUGAUGCUCGUCGCUAUGGAGACAAAUUAAAAUUUGCAAACCACUCAUCAAAACCCAAUUGUUAUGCGAAGGUGAUGUUUGUUGGAGGAGAUCAUCGAGUUGGCAUAUAUGCGAAGGAAAAUAUUAAAGUUGGCGAUGAGAUUUUAUAUGAUUAUUUCUACAAAAAGGAAUGUGCACCAUCAUGGGCUCGUCCACAUAAUGAAAAGGCUUCUAAUCAACAUAGAUCAAUUGUUUCAAAACACAAGACAAAGGUUCAUGAGUCCAAGGAAAAAAGAAAUAAGAAGAGGUCACUUGAGUGAGAUAUAUCUUAAGUGACAUAAAGAUCAAAGAAUGAGUAAAUGGUGUGCAAAUCUAUACCAAAAUAUUUUCAUAUAGGUGAGAAUAGUAUUUUCUCGUCCAUAUGAAGAUGGUUGUUAUAUUACUCAUGUGGAAGGAUUGAUUCAUACAUUCAUCUUUGAUAUAAGUUUUACUUAGACUUUAAUUACUUAUGUUCUUACUGA